GAAGAAUGCCAACACGAAUAUGAAGUGAACUGUUUCCUAUGCUUGCCACAGCGCCUGGGUGCUCGUAUCGGACGGUUAGAGACAGGGACUUGCCUCUUGCCAAACUGGUUCCUCGGAAAAGAUGAAGCCAAGGAGGAGCUUUCCGAUGCGCUGGAGUCGCAGUGACUGCUGCCCAAUUUAAAAUCGAUGUCAAACUGUGCCCCGGCUGCCUGGCGAGAUGAAUGAAGUGGUGUUGUGGUCACCCGAGGAGGUGACGAAUUGGCUAACGGAAAAUGCUGUGCCGGAGUAUUGUGAGCCAUUGAAGAGCUUCACCGGGCAGGAUUUGAUCAACCUCACAGAGGAGGAUUUUAAGAAGACACCUCUCUCCCGGGUGUCUUCCGACAGCGGACAGCGGCUAUUGCACAUGAUUGAAACUUUAAAAAUGGCUCACCACAUCGAGGCUCACAAAAAUGGGCACAUCAACGGGCACAUCCGCGUCGGUGUGAGCAACACCAUGGGCGAGAAUGGCUUCAGCAGUAAAAUGAAGCUGAACGGGAUGCCAAAUGGGUAUAAGAAGGAGAUGAUAAAGAUCCCCAUGCCAGAGCCAGAGCGCUCACAGUAUCCUGUGGAAUGGAGCAAGACUAUCCUGGCUUUUAUUUAUGCACUUUUUUGUUUCAUCUUUACCACAGUGACUAUCUCAGUCGUUCAUGAACGAGUGCCUCCCAAGGAGGAGCAACCUCCCCUACCAGAUGCAUUUUUUGAUCGCUUUGAUCGGGUGCAAUGGGCUUUUUCUAUUUGUGAAAUCAAUGGCAUGAUCCUUGUAGGACUGUGGCUUGUUCAGUGGCUGCUUUUAAAAUACAAGUCUAUAAUUAGCAGAAGAUUUUUCUGUAUAGUUGGCACACUCUACCUGUAUCGGUGCAUUACAAUGUAUGUGACUACACUCCCAGUACCUGGCAUGCAUUUCAAGUGUUCUCCAAAGCUUUUUGGAGACUGGGAAUCUCAUCUGCGAAGGAUAAUGAAAUUGAUUGCUGGCGGAGGAUUGUCCAUCACAGGAUCCCACAACAUGUGUGGCGACUAUCUCUACAGCGGUCACACCGUCAUGUUAACUCUUACAUACUUAUUUAUCAAAGAGUAUUCCCCACGGCGACUCUGGUGGUAUCACUGGUUUUGCUGGGUACUCAGCGUGGUGGGGAUGUUCUGCAUCCUCCUUGCUCAUGACCACUACACUGUGGACGUGGUGGUGGCUUACUACAUCACUACAAGACUUUUCUGGUGGUAUCACACAAUGGCCAACCAGCAAGUGCUAAAAGAAGCUUCCCAAACUAACCUCCUUGCAAGGGUCUGGUGGUACAAGCCCUUCCAGUACUUUGAAAAGAAUGUCCAAGGAAUUGUACCUCGCUCCUACCACUGGCCCUUCCCCUGGCCAGUGCUGCACCGGGGUAGGCAGGUGAAGUACAGCCGCUUGGUGAAUGACACAUAACAGCGUGUCAACGGACAAAAUGGGGGGGAAAGGACCUGUCCCAAGUGCUAAGAACUCCGAACGAGAAUAUGCCAUAAAAAAAUCAACUGCUCCCUAACCCUUUCUUUUAACAGUUCCCUUGACUUAACCUAUUCAGUUACCUGGUAAGCACUGUGAUCUUUUUUUCUCUCCAAAGGAUCUGCGUUGGACAACAAUAAAGAAAAUUUAACUUACCAUGCACUGUUAUACAUUUCUUGUUAAUAGAUUUGGGAUUUACAUUUACCCAUCACCAUGUUCCUUUGUAUAUGAUGCGACAGCAUAAAUGAGAGCUUUUAUAUCAUAAGUUCUGGUCUUUCCAGUCACGUCUGGGAAUAAAGCAUAUUAUUUUCUUGGGAAAACAUACUUUUCAUAUCUCUUGCCCCGAAGAUUGGGCUGUAAGCCAUUUUCUAGCAAAUGACUAUAUGAAGGUUUCUAAAUACCUGCCUUGGGUAAAAUCGAGAAAUCU